CUGACUGCUGGAGUGCAGUACAAUUUUACAGUCACUGCAGUGGCUGGAGAUAACAAAACAGUAGGACAGGCAAAGACAAUUUCACUGUAUACAAAGCCUGAAGUAGUCAGGAAUCUCAGUGCCACUGAAAUCACAACAUCCUCUAUGACUCUGAAGUGGACUGAACCAGAGGGAAGCAGCUCCUUCUAUAGAGUACAGUGGACUUAUGGAAAUGCAAUGAGGAAUGACAGUGUCACUGAAACAUAUAUAAACAUCAGUGAGCUGACUGCUGGAGUGCAGUACAAUUUUACAGUCACUGCAGUGGCUGGAGAUAACAAAACAGUAGGACAGGCAAAGACAAUUUCACUGUAUACAAAGCCUGAAGUAGUCAGGAAUCUCACUGUCAGUGAACUCACAACAUCCUCUAUGACUCUGACCUGGACUAAACCAGAGGGAAGCAGCUCCUUCUAUAGAGUACAGUGGACUGAUGGAAAUAUAAAUCAGAGUUACAUUGUCAGUGUAACAUUUAACACCAUUACUAACCUGACUCCUGGUGUCCAGUAUACAAUAAGUAUUACUGCAGUGGCAGAUGAUGAUCACACUGAAGGACAGAGUACCACUGUUUCUCAGUACACAAAGCCUGAAGUAGUCAGGAAUCUCAGUGCCACUGAAAUCACAACAUCCUCUAUGACUCUGAAGUGGACUGAACCAGAGGGAAGCAGCUCCUUCUAUAGAGUACAGUGGACUGAUGGAAAUGCAAUGAGGAAUGACAGUGUCACUGAAACACAUAUAAACAUCCGUGAGCUGACUGCUGGAGUGCAGUACAAUUUUACAGUCACUGCAGUGGCUGGAGAUAACAAAACAGUAGGACAGGCAAAGACAAUUUCACUGUAUACAAAGCCUGAAGUAGUCAGGAAUCUCACUGUCAGUGAAAUCACAACAUCCUCUAUGACUCUGACCUGGACUAAACCAGAGGGAAGCAGCUCCUUCUAUAGAGUACAGUGGACUGAUGGAAAUAUAAAUCAGAGUUACAUUGUCAGUGUAACAUUUAACACCAUUACUAACCUGACUCCUGGUGUCCAGUAUACAAUAAGUAUUACUGCAGUGGCAGAUGAUGAUCACACUGAAGGACAGAGUACCACUGUUUCUCAGUACACAAAGCCUGAAGUAGUCAGGAAUCUCAGUGCCACUGAAAUCACAACAUCCUCUAUGACUCUGACCUGGACUGAACCAGAGGGAAGCAGCUCCUUCUAUAGAGUACAGUGGACUGAUGGAAGUGCAAUGAGGAAUGACAGUGUCACUGAAACACAUAUAAACAUCCGUGAGCUGACUGCUGGAGUGCAGUACAAUUUUACAGUCACUGCAGUGGCUGGAGAUAACAAAACAGUAGGACAGGCAAAGACAAUUUCACUGUAUACAAAGCCUGAAGUAGUCAGGAAUCUCAGUGCCACUGAAAUCACAACAUCCUCUAUGACUCUGAAGUGGACUGAACCAGAGGGAAGCAGCUCCUUCUAUAGAGUACAGUGGACUGAUGGAAAUGCAAUGAGGAAUGACAGUGUCACUGAAACAUAUAUAAACAUCAGUGAGCUGACUGCUGGAGUGCAGUACAAUUUUACAGUCACUGCAGUGGCUGGAGAUAACAAAACAGUAGGACAGGCAAAGACAAUUUCACUGUAUACAAAGCCUGAAGUAGUCAGGAAUCUCAGUGCCACUGAAAUCACAACAUCCUCUAUGACUCUGAAGUGGACUGAACCAGAGGGAAGCAGCUCCUUCUAUAGAGUACAGUGGACUGAUGGAAAUGCAAUGAGGAAUGACAGUGUCACUGAAACAUAUAUAAACAUCAGUGAGCUGACUGCUGGAGUGCAGUACAAUUUUACAGUCACUGCAGUGGCUGGAGAUAACAAAACAGUAGGACAGGCAAAGACAAUUUCACUGUAUACAAAGCCUGAAGUAGUCAGGAAUCUCACUGUCAGUGAAAUCACAACAUCCUCUAUGACUCUGACCUGGACUAAACCAGAGGGAAGCAGCUCCUUCUAUAGAGUACAGUGGACUGAUGGAAAUAUAAAUCAGAGUUACAUUGUCAGUGUAACAUUUAACACCAUUACUAACCUGACUCCUGGUGUCCAGUAUACAAUAAGUAUUACUGCAGUGGCAGAUGAUGAUCACACUGAAGGACAGAGUACCACUGUUUCUCAGUACACAAAGCCUGAAGUAGUCAGGAAUCUCAGUGCCACUGAAAUCACAACAUCCUCUAUGACUCUGAAGUGGACUGAACCAGAGGGAAGCAGCUCCUUCUAUAGAGUACAGUGGACUGAUGGAAAUGCAAUGAGGAAUGACAGUGUCACUGAAACAUAUAUAAACAUCAGUGAGCUGACUGCUGGAGUGCAGUGCAAUUUUACAGUCACUGCAGUGGCUGGAGACAACAAAACAGUAGGACAGGCAAAGACAAUUUCACUGUAUACAAAGCCUGAAGUAGUCAGGAAUCUCACUGUCACUGCAUUCACAACAUCCACUGUGUCUCUGACCUGGACUAAACCAGAGGGAAGCAGCUCCUUCUAUAGAGUACAGUGGACUGAUGGAAAUAUAAAUCAGAGUUACAUUGUCAGUGUAACAUUUAACACCAUUACUAACCUGACUCCUGGUGUCCAGUAUACAAUAAGUAUUACUGCAGUGGCAGAUGAUGAUCACACUGAAGGACAGAGUACCACUGUUUCUCAGUACACAAAGCCUGAAGUAGUCAGGAAUCUCAGUGCCACUGAAAUCACAACAUCCUCUAUGACUCUGAAGUGGACUGAACCAGAGGGAAGCAGCUCCUUCUAUAGAGUACAGUGGACUGAUGGAAAUGCAAUGAGGAAUGACAGUGUCACUGAAACAUAUAUAAACAUCAGUGAGCUGACUGCUGGAGUGCAGUACAAUUUUACAGUCACUGCAGUGGCUGGAGAUAACAAAACAGUAGGACAGGCAAAGACAAUUUCACUGUAUACAAAGCCUGAAGUAGUCAGGAAUCUCAGUGCCACUGAAAUCACAACAUCCUCUAUGACUCUGAAGUGGACUGAACCAGAGGGAAGCAGCUCCUUCUAUAGAGUACAGUGGACUGAUGGAAAUGCAAUGAGGAAUGACAGUGUCACUGAAACAUAUAUAAACAUCAGUGAGCUGACUGCUGGAGUGCAGUACAAUUUUACAGUCACUGCAGUGGCUGGAGAUAACAAAACAGUAGGACAGGCAAAGACAAUUUCACUGUAUACAAAGCCUGAAGUAGUCAGGAAUCUCACUGUCACUGCAUUCACAACAUCCACUGUGUCUCUGACCUGGACUAAACCAGAGGGAAGCAGCUCCUUCUAUAGAGUACAGUGGACUGAUGGAAAUAUAAAUCAGAGUUACAUUGUCAAUGUAACAUUUAACACCAUUACUAACCUGACUCCUGGUGUCCAGUAUACAAUAAGUAUUACUGCAGUGGCAGAUGAUGGUCACACUGAAGGACAGAGUACCACUGUUUCUCAGUACACAAAACCAGGUACAAUUGGGCAUAUUGAUGUAUCCACAACCACAUCCUCCAUCUCACUGAUCUGGAAGGCAUCUGCUGGUGAAUCACUGACCUACAAGGUGGAGUGGCACAACGGUGGAGCACCGGUGUUCAGAAACACAACCAAUACUUCCACUGUGCUAUCUGACUUGAGCCCUGGUACAAACUACACAAUCACAAUUGUUGCCAUUGCUGGAGAUAAUCAGACACAAGGAGACCCCUUCAUAUACUCUGCAGUCACAAAACCUUCUGUGGUCAGUGAUCUUACUGUGACUGCAGUCACAACAUCGUCUGCGUCUCUGACCUGGACUCAACCAGAGGGCAAUGUAACCUCAUACAUUGUUCAGUGGACUGUAGGAAAAACCAUCGAUAAGGCCACCAAUGAAACCUCAUUAACCAUCCAAGGUUUAAUCCCUGGAUUCCAGUACAACAUUACAGUGACUGCUGUUGCUGGAAAUUCCUCAAACAAGGGAGAAGGAACCUCAAUAACUACCAUCACAAUGCCUGAGAAUCCUGGAAACAUCACGGUCACAGCACGAGGAACCGAUAAUCUGAGCAUCAACUGGACCUUACCUGAAGGGAGGGUUGAUUACUACAUGGUGAACAUCUCAAAUGAGAAUCUGCUAUAUUCGUAUAGCAAUACAACAGCAAUCACCUCAGCCCACUUUACUGGUUUACAUCCUGGGAGAGUCUAUGUUAUCACAGUGACUGCUGUAGCUGGAAACUUCAGGAAGACAUCUGACCAGUCCUCAUUUGCCACUGUUCCCACACCUCCUGGUUCCAUCGUUAUCAGUCAGGUGACAAACACUUCGCUCCAUCUGCAAUGGGCGACUCCCGCCUUGAUGGAAGGUGCUCCAAACAUCAGCUAUUAUAUCACCUAUCAGCGCCAGGGUGGUGAACUACAAAAUAAUAGCAUCACAAUCAAUAACACAGUGCUGUCCUCGCUGUCCUCUGGAAUGUCCUACAAUAUAACUGUGAAAACAAUUGGACCCCAAAAUUUAAUGAGCGAGGUUGUCAGUAAUUCUGCAUACACCCGGCCCAACCCUGUGUUGAAUCUUGUAGCCAGCCCUAAAUCCACCACCUCAGUAAAAGUGAAAUGGUCAUACCCACAGGAAGCCCAGCCAUACUACGUAUACGUUGUUCAAACCUACAAUUCUACAGGAACACUUGUUGACAACAAAACAGUCAGUAAUAAAAGCACUGAUGUACAUGACCUUGAGCCAGGAACUAGAUACAAUAUCACUGUCACGACAAUAGCAGCACAAGGAAGUGAAUCCACGGCAGAACAGACGUUCAGUUACACAAUGCCCAAAGCAGUGACCAACCUUACAGUGACGGAUGUACAAACAACUGCCAUCCAGCUGACGUGGCUCAGACAAAGCGAUCAUAAGCCUUCCUACUCCUACUGGGUGGUAGCACUCCAGGACAACGAGGUGGUUCAGAAUAAUUCAGCAAAGAUGGAAAAUUACACCUUCUUCAAUCUGACCCCUGGAACACUGUACAGUUUCAAUGUGUUCACGGUUGUAGAAGGAGUCAAGUCCACUGUGGAAAGCACAUCAAGCUACACAAGGCCUGCAGCAGUUUCUGACAUUGUUGCCAUAGGAGGCACAACUAACAUGUCAGUGAGUUGGACGCUUGCAUUAGGACAGGUGGACUCCUACACUGUCCUGCUGUACAGAGACUCACAGUUAAAGACAAACCACACAGAUCUGAGCAACACCACUGUGAACACAGUGUUUCAGGACCUGAAACCAGGAGUGCUUUACUGUGUGGUGGUGAUCACCAAAAGUCAACCUUUUCAGAGCAAUAAUGCAAGUGUUUACAACGCAACUUUUCCCAAUCCUCCUGGCCUCAUCAAUGUGGAGUUGCAGACUGUGGAGUCCAUCAACUUUACCUGGGCCUUUCCAGAGGACAUGAACCCCUAUCAGUACAACUUCAGCGUGUCCACUCACAUAGGCUCUUUUAUGACCCAAAACAACUGGUUCCUGCUGCUCAAUCUCCAGUCUGGAACCCUCUACCACAUCUCUGUUGUUACUGUAGGUGUGCUGGACUAUGAGAGCACAGCUGUGACAGCAGAAAACUAUACCAGACCGCUCGCUGUAACCAUGCUGAGACAGACAGAAAUCACCACAAAUGCAGUGACCUUGGUGUGGGAGCAACCGGAGAGCAAACCUAACUACUCAUAUGUGGUGCAGGUCACAAAUGGAUCUUUUUCUCAACAUGAAGUAGUAGAGUUCCCAAAAACCACACACACGAUCACUCGACUUCUUUCUGGGAGCAACUACACCUUCAGUGUCACUGCACAAACAGCAGAUGGCACUCAGGCAGAUCCUGUGACAGUGUCCUACUUCACACGGCCGUACAGUGUUAGUGGGUUGCGGGCUGAAACCUUGAACACAACUGCUGUACAUCUGGUUUGGGUGAAACCAAUGGAGUACAAGGAUGAAUAUACAUAUCGGGUUGAAACAACCGUCUGUGGCCACAAAAACAAAACCCUGACAGAAGAAGCCGUACUGAUCUCAGAGCUCACCCCUGGGACCAGCUGCACCUUCUGUGUUUUUGUCAGGGCCAAGGAUGGCACAGAAGGGAAAGCAGAAUGCACCUCUCAGUACACUCGGCCUGAGACGGUGCAUCCCAGUAUCUCCAGCCAGGGCUCCAAUAGUUCAAUCCGGGUGUCAUGGACAAAACCUCCUGGGAACGUGGAGUAUUAUAUGGUUUAUCUAAAGAGCACUUCCCCUGAUCCAGAUUUUGAGCAACAGCAGAUAAACUCUACCGGUAUCUCCGAGCUGUUUGAGGGCCUGUCAGCUGGAAGGAAGUACACCACCUGGGUGACCACACAUAGUGGACCCUUCAAUGCAUCAUCUGAACCGGUCACUAAUGCUACCUUUCCUAAUGCUCCCGGGCCAAUUGAGAUCGUGAUGAAGACAACCAACUCCAUUCACAUUAGUUGGACGGAUGCUCCUCUGAUGACCGGUGCAUCAUUCUACUACCAGCUCACAAAUAUAUCAUCCCUGGGAGGCGAAUACAUCACUACCACAAACAACAGCUAUACUUUUGCCCCCCUGGAUUCUGGGACUUCCUACAACAUCUCCGUGGUAACAGUGGGUGCCAUGAACUUUAUGAGUGAGAGGGUUCAGAGACAUUCAGUCACCACAAAACCAUUCGGUGUGGAGGUUCCUAAGGCUUCUACAGACGAGGAGAGCAUCACAGUCACGUGGAACCGCCCUCAUGAAUACAAAGAAAGCUAUCAGUACAAUUUGACCUGGCAAAGCUCAGAUGCUUCCAUCAUUAACCAUACCUUAACUAAAGACGUAACGCUUAAGAUCAACCACCUGGUUCCUGGCAGCAGCUAUACGAUUACUGUCACCACACAGACCACAGAUGGAACACGGAGUGAUUCAAGAUUGAUUUCCGCCUGCACAAAUGCAAGCCCAGUGAAAGACUUAACAUGUGAAGGUCCAAACAAAACAAAUGCAGAAAUCAUCCUGUCCUGGACAAAACCUGAUGGCCAAUACAAAAGCUUCCAGAUCAAUAGAAGUAACAGUGAGACCAUCAAGUUGACAAGCUCCUGUAACCCAAAUUGUAAUCACACUAUCUCCAACCUAAGUCACAACUAUGAAUACAAGCUGGUUAUGGUCACUCUGAGCUGUGGACUACCCAGCACUCCUCUGUCUCUCAGCUGCAUGACAGGCAUCACACAUCCACCAGUUCCAAAAGACUAUGACAAACUGACAAUGGUGACUGACACAGUGUACAACAAGUUCUCCCUUCAGAUCAGUUCUGAGCUGCUGGUUAACACCAAUGGGCCAAUCACUCAUAUUGGCGUGCUGGUGACAGACAAUUCACCGGACGUUAACACUUCUAAUCUGAGGGCGUACUUGGGGAAAACAUAUCAACAGUGGAGUGAAAAGAGUACUUCUGUUUUCCUGGCAACAGUCAAAGACAACGACUUCCUAUCGCGCAGUGGAGAGAGCUAUCUGAUUGUAGAAAUAGGAGAUGAAUCUAAAUGGAACAGCUACACCAAUGGUGCCCUCAAGGCCACUGAAAAAUACCAAUAUGCCAUCGUGUUGUUCACCAGUCUGAGUGUGGAAAAUGACCUUGUGAAUUAUCAAAGGUCACUGGUCUCAAUAACACCUUUUUAUCCAGCUCUACAACUCCCACAGAACCCAGCCGUCAUUGGGUUUGCUAUCGGAGCAACACUGGGAAUUUUCUGCAUUCUCUUCAUCAUCCUCAUCGGCUUCAUUAUCUACUGGAAAAGGUUAUCCAACAAAGAAUCAUCAGAUAUCCAGAUUCAUUCUAUGAGAGCCAAAGUGAGCGUUGCUGUGAGGGUGGAGGACUACGAGGCUUACUACAGGAAGCAGAAAGCAGACUCCAACUGUGGCUUUGCUGAAGAGUUUGAGGACCUGAAGCUUGUUGGUACAGGUCAGUCGAAAACCAGUGCUCUGACUCUGGAGAACAAGCCCAAGAACCGCUACAACAACGUGCUUCCCUAUGACUCGUCUAGGGUGAAACUGUCUAUUAUCCAUGGGAGCCCAUAUGAUGACUACAUCAAUGCUAAUUACAUGCCGGGUUACAACUCCAGGAAGGAGUUUAUUGCAGCUCAGGGUCCUUUGCCCACCACAGUCAACGAGUUCUGGAGGAUGAUCUGGGAGAAGAAUGUACAGACCCUGGUCAUGCUGACACGCUGCAUUGAACAGGGAAGAGUCAAAUGUGAGCAGUACUGGAAUUCUGGCACCAAGCACUUUGAAAAUAUCACUGUGAAAACAACCUCUGAAAUACCACUUGAAGACUGGACCAUCAGGGACUUUGACAUUAAAAAUAUGAAAACAGCAGAGACCCGCACAGUUCGUCAGUUCCACUUCACAGCCUGGCCGGACCAUGGGGUACCAGAAACCACCGAGCUCCUCAUCAGCUUCAGACAUUUGGUCAGAGAGCACAUGGACCAAUACUCCAGACACUCUCCUACCGUGGUCCACUGCAGCGCUGGUGUGGGGCGCACAGGUACCUUCAUAGCCAUUGACCGUCUGAUCUUUCAGAUUGAAAGGGAAAAUAUUGUGGAUGUGUAUGGCAUCGUCCAUGAUCUGCGUAUGCACCGGCCCCUCAUGGUGCAGACAGAGGACCAGUACGUCUUCCUAAACCAAUGUUCAAUGGACAUCAUCAGAUCGAGAACUGGAACCAAUGUGGAUCUAAUCUACCAAAACACUGCUGCACUCUCCAUUUACGAGAACUUAGACCCCAAAAAAGGUUUUCACAAAAAUGGGUACCACAACGCAUAGGCCCAGGUAACCACUUCUCUCUUUACUCUUAGCAAGAAACUGAGCAGAUAUUUGUAAAGGGAACACUUUUAGCAGAUGUUGUGCUGUAUUUAUUUUUUUUAUAGUCCACCAGUGACGCUCUUAUUAGGAAUCUUCUAGUUGCCAGCAUUUAAACUUUUUUCUGGUAUUUAUUUCUUAAAAAUGUUGAAUAUUAGAUAAUGGAGAGAACUGUAUAUGGGGAUACAAUAAUCAGUGACCAAAAAUAUUUUGAUUAUAUGUAAACUUUUGUCAAAUAGAAAAUUGGAUUGUUUCUUACAAUGGCAUAUUUUUGUAAUGUUUAGCUGUCUUUUUUUUAUUUUUUGCUUGCUUACUACUGUAUAUGACUGCUCAGGUAUGAUGGAUGCUGUAUAGGUAUUAUAUAUAAUACACUUUUGUCAGAGAAAAACUUCAUUAAACCUUUGGAAUUGCCUUGUAAAUGUGCCUUUUCAAAACAUGUGUGCUGUAAUACCAGUAGGUGGCACUCUUCCAUUUUUGUUUUUAUGGCUGAGGCCAGAAAUUACUGUUAUAUUAUGUUAAGUGUCACAAUCUAUAGUAUGACAUUUUACUUAAGUUGGUUAGUACAUCCAACCAAUUCCUUUUUGACAACUUUGCACCUCUUAAGUUAAUUUGAAAUGUGCAAUGCCUUUAAUGAAGGAGUUUUGUUAUUUGUUGUAGAGUCUCUUGUAUGUGUAUGCACUGUAGGGAAUAAUGCACUGGAUGCAUUUGUGUUUCUACUCUGUCCACUUUUUUAAACUAUGGAGGUGUUUUUGUUUUGUUUUUUUAUCAGGAGUGGUUUGGCCAGUGCUUUAUGAAACAGUUUUGCUUUUGCUAUGUAGGCAUUUUGCUAUGUACCCCGAAUUUGAUUAUUACAAUUGAACUAGAUUACAAAUUUGGGUCACAUCAAACAAAAGCUCAGGAACUCAAACAGUGAAAGCUGAACAUUUAACUGGUCGGUAAUCCAUACUGCACCAGUGUGUAGUGUGAAGAACUCAAAGGUCAUAUCCAUUGUUUUGUUUUGUUAAUGUCCUUCUUCCCUGCAUUGUACAUUCCUCAUAAAAAGAACAAUGUUAUGUCACUUCCUGCUGCAUAUCUAGUCAAUCUAUGGACAUUUCCUGUGAUGUUAAAAUCACCAGAGGAGCACAAGCUUUUUUUUUUCUUUUGCUUCUUAAGGGCAAAAUUUUCCAUGGGGCAGGUACGUUUUAUAUUAAAAAAAAAAUCAUUCAUGUGUGUGGUUAGCCUGUCGAUAUUUUAAAUUUGUGUUUUGUUUUUAUUGUAUCAUAAUGUACUUAGAAAAUAAUUGAAAGCACUUAUGUUUUUGAUGAAAAGCAAGAACAGCAAAUAGUCACAAAGGAUGUGUAGGAUGUUUUUGAAAUGCUUUAUGAGAUGCUUGCUGGUACAAUGCAAAGACAAAAUGAGCAAGGAUUUAUUAUUUGUGUACUGUCAUACAAAAUGGGAUUAAAGAUGUUAUUACAUUUGAA